GAUACAGUUUAUGUUAGGUUUGAAUUUGUUUUUCUCACGAUUUGUGCUAUUCGGUCAGCGGCGGCAAAGGCGAUGAAAUUGAUUUUAUUUUUUCUUGAGUGACUGUGAUAUUAGUUAAGAUAUUCAAAGAAAAUGGGAAAAGUUCCAAAUGGUUCAACAGAAUGUUGUACUGCCAGAAAUGUACUCUGGCAUUUAGUUUUUUUAGGUUUUGCCGUCAACUAUAUGUUGAGAACGAAUUUAAAUAUAGCCAUUGUAUCAAUGGUGAAAUACAGAAGUAAUAAUAAUCUUACACUAACAAGUGAAUGUCUGGAUAAUAAUAAAUCAAAAAUUGACAACUCUUCUCUUGCACGAGAUAGUGAACUAAAUUACAACUUGACUUCUUUUAAAAACGAAAUCUUCAUAAACGCCACUCCAGUGGAGACCCAGCCAAAUACAUUCGCAUGGAACGAAAAACAGCAAUCCAGUAUACUGGGUGCUUUCUUUUGGCUGCAUUGGCUCACACAAGUUCCUGGGGGAAUACUCGGCUCAAAAUAUGGAGCAAAGCUGGUCUUUGGUUUAGCAAACUUUACUGCCAUCCUUUGCUGCUUCUUUAUACCAAUGUCGGCUUUCAUGGGUCACCAAUAUCUCAUCGCACUUAGAAUUGUGCAGGGAAUACUAGCUGGAUUUGCGUGGCCGGCAAUGCACAAUAUGACUGCUAGGUGGAUACCUCCGAACGAAAGAAGCAAAUUUGUUACAGCUUAUCUAGGCAGUUCCAUCGGAGCAGCUCUAACCUAUCCCGUAUGUGGUUUCAUCAUCCACAAGUGGGGCUGGGAAUGGGUGUUUUACACCUCUGGAGUAGUAGGAACCGUGUGGUUUGCAGCAUGGUGGUUUCUAGUAUACGACAGUCCAGCCAAACAUCCCAGAAUUUCGCCCGAAGAGAAAGAAUACAUCCUGGAAAGCCUCGGCCAGAGUUACACGAAACAAAAAGCUCCCGUUCCCUGGAAAAGUAUCAUUUUUUCCGUGCCCGUCUGGAUGAACAUAUUAGCACAAUGGGGCGGAAUUUGGGGUUUUUUCACCCUCAUGACUCACGCGCCAACGUAUUUUAAGUUUAUUCAUGGCUGGAAUAUACAGGCGACAGGACUGCUCUCAGGACUGGGUCACGUGUUCCGAACCACCUGGUCCUAUCUCUCUGGACUUUUAGGUGAUUACUUGCUGAGGACAAACAAGAUGAGUAGAACAAACGUGAGGAAGUUAGCUACAGCAGGCUGUACUAUUGGCCAGGGUCUUUGUAUGCUGGGUUUAGCCUAUUCAGGCUGUGACUACACAUGGGCAGUGAUAUGGCUAAGUGCCGCCGUCGCAAUGAAUGGGUCAGUCUCCACUGGUCCCUUAGCCUCCGUUGUAGAUAUCAGCCCCAAUUAUGCGAGUGUAAUUCUCGGCAUUGUCAACUCCGUUGUAGCCCUGGUCGGCUUCAUAACCCCAGCAGUAGUGGGUCAACUUACAUUCCAAAACCAAACAGUCCCUCAGUGGCAGAAAGUUUUCCUUAUUUCCACGGCCAUGUUAAUAAGCACCGGGAUCCUUUUCGUUUUGUUCUCAAAAUCGGAACUGCAACCCUGGAAUUCUCCAGACAAACAAAGCAAGCAGAACGAAUCCGAAUUAAUGGUAAUGAACAACAAAGACGACAAAGCAGACGAGAAGAAAGAUACCGCCGUAACGAUUAAACAAUAAUGUGUUAAUAAACACAAUGUAAAUAUUAUUUGUUUCAAAUUGAUUUAAAUAUUUUGUUUCGACUGACUGAAUAAAGCGAAUUUUGAUCCAGUGAGAAAUAA